GCUGCGUGCGCCCGGGUGCGAAGUGCGUGGCUCGGCCUGGCUGUGUUGGCGCGGAUGGGAGAUUAGCUCGUAGCCUGGUUUCCCAGCAGCUAACGGCGGCUAGCGAGAGACGGGGACCCGCUGUGAACGGUUCACUGUCGGGGGACCGAACGAGUUUAAACCGGCUCCUCCGUCGAAACCGGACAUUUUGCGAAUUUGCACAGAAAAAAAGAGACGUUGACACCGAAACGACGUUUCCAACCCCCGGCAAAUGUCAGUGUUGUUGCUAAGUUAGCUAGUUAAUGGCGCUCACGUGACUGGUAACCGUCGACAGGCUGGUUAAGAUGCUGACCACUCCCAGCGCGAGCACAUUGGAAAUGUUAAUAUUGUCGAUAUAACCGGAUAGCACUGUCGGCUAACCUGUGCUAGCCCCAGUUGGUAGUGGCUGGCCGUGUGUCAGGGUGCAGUCUGGUUUCUGGGUGCACGUAGGGAAGCUGUUCGUGUCUCAGUCACACCUCAGUUGAGUACCUUUGGGGAAGCCCACCCCUCCAGUGGCCAACAUGGGGGACGAUAGCGAGUGGAUGAAGCUUCCCAUCGACCAGAAAUGCGAACACAAGCUGUGGAAAGCCCGUCUGAGCGGUUAUGAAGAAGCUGUGAAGUUGUUUCAGAGGAUACAUGAUGAGAAGAGUCCAGAGUGGGGGAAGUACCUCGGACUCCUAAAGAAGUUUGUCACAGACUCCAACGCUGUGGCUCAGCUCAAAGGCCUUGAGGCGGCUCUGAUUUUCGUCGAGAAAGCUCACGUAGCUGGCAGGACGGCCGGUGAGGUGGUGUCGGGCGUGGUGACCAAAGUGUUCAACCAGCCAAAGGCCCGGGCCAAGGAGCUGGGCGCCGAAAUCUGUCUGAUGUACAUCGAGAUCGAGAAGGUGGAGGUGGUUCAGGACGAGCUGCUGAAAGGACUGGACAACAAGAACCCCAAGAUAGUGGUGACCUGCAUUGAGACGCUCAGGAAGGCUCUCAGUGAGUAUGGAUCUAAGAUUGUGACGCUGAAACCAGUAGUGAAGAUUUUACCGAAGCAGUUUGAGUCCAGAGAGAAGGCGGUGAGAGACGAAGCUAAGCUGCUCGCUGUGGAGAUCUACAGAUGGAUCAGAGAUGCUGUUCGACCUUCGCUGCAGAACAUCACGGCUGUACAGCUGAAGGAGCUGGAGGAGGAGUGGGUGAAGCUCCCUACUUCUCCCGCUAAGCAAACAAGGUUCUUGCGCUCGCAGCAGGACCUGAAGGCAAAGUUUGAGCAGCAAAGUGCACAAGGAGAAGAUUCUGAUGGAGAGGAUGUAGAAGACACUGUGGCGGCAGUGGACCCGUAUGAGCUGCUGGAAGCUGUGGAGAUUCUGUCCAAGAUGCCUAAAGACUUCUACGACAAAAUAGAAGCUAAAAAGUGGCAGGAAAGGAAAGAAGCUCUAGAGGCUGUAGAGAUUCUGACCAAGAAGCCCAAACUAGAGAACGGAGACUAUGGAGACCUCGUCAGAGCACUGAAGAAGGUUGUGGGAAAAGAUGCCAACGUGAUGCUGGUGUCGUUGGCAGCUAAAUGUCUGGCCGGACUAGCCUCUGGUCUCAGGAAGAAAUUUGGAACAUAUGCCGGACAAGUGGUUCCAACUAUUCUGGAGAAGUUCAAGGAGAAGAAGCCUCAGGUCGUCCAGGCCCUGCAGGAGGCUAUUGACGCCAUCUUCCUCACUACCACUCUACAGAACCUUUCCGAGGACAUCCUCGCCGUGAUGGACAAUAAGAAUCCCUCCAUCAAGCAGCAGGCCUCUCUGUAUCUUGCCCGCUCCUUCAGACACUGCACGCAGGCAAAUCUGCCCAAGAGCAUCCUCAAACCCCUCUGUGCUGCUCUCAUUAAGCAAGUGAACGACUCUGCUCCAGAGGUGCGUGACGCUGCGUUUGAAGCUUUGGGGACGGCCCAGAAGGUGGUGGGAGAGAAAGCUGUGAACCCGUUCUUGGCCGACUUGGAUAAACUCAAACUGGACAGGAUAAAGGAGAGUGCUGAUAAAGUGGAGCUCCCUGGAACGAGAAGAGGUGGCAGCGGAGCCGGGGACAAGAAAGCUGCUGCUAAAGCUCCUCCCGCUGCUGAAGCUCCCCCGAAAGCCUCUGCCCCACCCAGGAAGACCCAAACUGCUGCUGCCAGCAAGUCAUCAUCGGGUCCGCCUAAGAAAGGAAAACCAACCUCCGCAGCUGGUGGAAAAGCCAAGAAGACGUCCGACAAUAAAGAAGUAGCAGAGACUGAACUGUCGAUCGAAGUGUGUGAGGAUCUGGCAGCAGGCGUACUUCCUGCUUCCUGUCUGCAGCAGCUGGACUCAGCCAACUGGAAGGAGAGGCUGGCGAGUAUGGAGGAAUUCCAACGGGCCGCUGAGACCAUGGAUAAGGGGCAGAUGCCCUGUCAGGCUUUGGUCAGGAUGUUGGCCAAGAAACCAGGUUGGAAGGAGACAAACUUUCAGGUGAUGCAGAUGAAGCUGCACAUCGUGGCUCUUAUUGCUCAGAAAGGACAGUUUUCAAAGACGUCGGCCUCCGUGGUUCUAGACGGCUUGGUAGACAAAGUUGGAGACGUGAAAUGUGGCGGAAACGCAAAAGAGGGACUGACAGCGAUCGGAGAGGCGUGCUCUCUGCCCUGGACCGCAGAACAGGUUGUUUCGAUGGCUUUUGCACAGAAGAACCCGAAAAACCAGGCAGAGACUCUCAACUGGCUGGCGAACGCCAUGAAGGAGUUUGGCUUCGCUGGGAUCAAUGUGAAAGGUUUCAUCAACAACGUGAAGACUGCUCUGGGAGCAACCAACCCCGCUGUUCGGACAGCAGCCAUCACCCUGCUGGGAGUCAUGUUCCUCUACAUGGGAGCUCCUCUGCGCAUGUUCUUCGAAGACGAGAAGCCUGCUCUCCUCGCACAGAUUGAUGCGGAGUUUGAAAAGAUGCAGGGUCAGUCUCCACCACCUCCAAUCAGAUUCAACAAGAAGGCGGCAGCAGAGGAGGUGGGUGAUGAAGGGGAGGAGCAGGAUGAGGACGGAGGAGCUGGAGGAGGACAGGACAUCAUGGACCUGCUGCCCAGAACAGAUAUCAGUGACAAGAUCACGUCCGACCUCGUGUCUAAAAUUGGCGAUAAGAACUGGAAGAUCAGGAAGGAGGGGCUGGACGAGGCAGCGGCCAUCAUAUCAGAGGCCAAGUUCAUCACAGCCAACAUCGGAGAGCUGCCUCUGACCCUGAAGGAACGACUCGGAGAUUCCAACAAGAUCCUGGUCCAGCAGACUCUCACUAUCCUGCAGCAGCUGGCUGUAUCCAUGGGACCUGGACUCAAGCAGCAUGUCAAGGCACUGGGAAUGCCUAUUAUCACUGUACUGGGAGACAGCAAGUCUAAUGUGAGGGCGGCAGCCAUGACUACUCUGCAGGCGUGGGUGGAGCAGACGGGGAUGAAGGACUGGCUGGAGGGAGAAGACCUGUCAGAGGAGCUGAGGAGAGAAAAUCCCUUUUUGCGACAGGAGGUGCUCGGCUGGUUAGCGGAGAAGCUGCCCACCCUGAGGACGGUGCCCGGGGAUCUGAUGCUGUGUGUCCCUAAUCUUUACGCCUGCCUGGAGGACAGAAACGGAGACGUGAGGAAGAGGGCUCAGGACGCCCUGCCCACCUUCAUGAUGCACCUGGGCUUUGAGAAAAUGUCCAAGGCUGCUGGCAAACUCAAAACUUCCUCGAAGGAUCAGGUGGUAGCCAUGUUGGAAAAGGCGAGGGCAGUGAUGCCAGCCAAACCCGCCGCUCCCGCCAAGGCAGGAGGGGGGAAAGACUCUGCAGAGCCAAGCAGAGCGGCUUCAGCCUCCAGGUCUCAGCCAGCGAGCGACGACUGUGUUGACGGUAAACCUGAAGUUAAGAAGGUCCGAGGAGGAGCCCCUGCCAAGAAGCCUCCUUCCUCCCCCGAGGAACCCAUCCCUCCCCCUCCCUCCAAGGACAAGGACAGUAAUGCUAGUAAAAAGCCCCCCAGCAAAGGGAAGGCUGCUGCUGGCAGUCAACAGGGUGCCGCUGGUAAGAAGCCUCCUGCCAAAGGUGCGAAGGAAGAAGAAGAUAAAUCCGGGCCGAUCUUCGUCCUCAUCCCCAACGCUAAGGAACAGAGGAUAAAAGAAGAGAAGCAACUGAAGAUUUUGAAGUGGAACUUCAUCACUCCCCGAGAAGAAUAUGUGGAGCAGCUGAAAACUCAGAUGGCCACCUGCUUUGCAAAGUGGCUGCAGGAUGAGCUAUUCCACUUUGACUUUCAGAGACACGUCAAGGCCAUAGGAGUCAUGAUCGAGAGGCUGGAGAGUGAGAGCGACGCCACCAUCAGCUGUCUGGACCUGAUUCUGAAGUGGUUCACUCUGCGCUUCUUUGACACCAACACCACGGUGCUGAUGAAGGUGCUGGAAUAUCUGAAGCUGCUGUUUGCCAUGUUGAACAGAGAGAACUACCACCUGACCGAGUACGAGGCCAACUCCUUCAUCCCCUACCUUAUACUCAAGGUCGGAGAGUCGAAGGACGGGGUUCGCAAAGAUGUGCGGGCCAUCCUGACCAUGCUGUGUAAAGUCUACCCAGCAUCCAAGGUGUUCCCUCUGCUCAUGGAUGGAACUAAAUCCAAGAACUCCAAACAGAGAGCUGAAUGUCUGGAGGAGCUGGGCUGUUUGAUAGAGGGCUACGGGAUGAAUGUAUGCCAACCGACGUCAGCCAAGUCUCUGAAGGAGAUUGCCGUUCACAUCGGUGACAGAGACACGUCUGUCCGCAAUGCCGCCCUGAACACUGUGGUGGCCGUCUACAACGCCUGCGGGGAGCAAGUUUACAAGCUGAUUGGAAAUUUGUCAGAGAAAGACAUGAGCAUGCUGGAGGAGAGAAUCAAGCGUUCAGCCAAGAAGACUGCCGCAGCUCCUGCCAAGCAGAGUGUGGCGGAGAGGUCUCAGCGGGAGCACCCGACUAACCCCAACGCCACCUUCCUCCGAAAGCCGGCACAGGAAGACCCUAACAAGCUCAAUCAAGCCCGUCAGAACACCCAGCACAGCGAGUCCUCUCACCCCUCCAUCCCCAAGGAGUUCCAGUUGGACCUGGACAUGAUCGAGAGGGACCAGAGCAGAGUGUGUGAGCUGCCAGACCUCGUCCAACACAAGCUGGACGAGCUGUUGGAGCCAAUUAUGAUCCCCGAACCCAAGAUUCAUUCUGUCUCUCCACACUUUGAUGAACUUCACAACAGCACGGCCUCCACCAUCAACUUUGUCAUCUCUCAGGUGGCCAGCGGUGACAUUAACACCAGUAUACAGGCGCUGGCACAGAUUGACGAGGUGCUGCGACAGGAGGACAAAGCCGAGGUCAUGUCGGGACACAUCGACCAGUUCCUCAUCGCCACCUUCAUGCAGCUGAGGCUCAUCAACAGCACACACAUGGCCGACGAGCGGCUGGACAAGAGAGACAUCAUCAAACUGUACAGCUGCAUCAUAGGAAACAUGCUGUCUUUGUUCUCGAUGGAGUCCCUCGCCAGAGAGGCGUCUAUGGGCGUGUUGAAGGACCUGAUGCACGGCGUGAUCACACUGAUGCUGGACAGCAGAGUGGAGGACAUGGAGGACGGACAGCAGCUCAUCAGAUCCACCAACCUGCUGGUGAUCAGAGUGCUGGAGAAGUCUCACCAGACCAAUAUGAUCAGCGCUCUGCUGGUUUUGCUUCAGGACAGUUUGGUCACGACGGCCGGUCCUCCGAAGUUCUCUGAGCUGGUCAUGAAGUGUCUGUGGAGGAUGACCCGUCAUCUCCCAGAGACCAUCCACAGCAUCAACCUGGAUCGGAUCUUACUGGAUGUCCAUAACUUCAUGAAGGUUUUUCCCAAAGAGAAGCUCAAGCAGCUCAAGAAUGACGUCCCUCACAGAACCCUCAAGACUCUGCUGCACACACUCUGCAAGCUCACUGGACCCAAGAUCCUGGACCACCUAUCAAUGAUAGAGAAUCGUAAUGAGUCGGAGUUGGAGGCCCACCUGAGGCAGGUGGUCAAACACUCUGGAAACCUGUCAGGACUCAAGAGUGACCGAGGCAACGAGAAGGGCGGUCUGCGCACGGAGGAACGAAUGUCGAAGGCGAAGGUCAGCGACAUUCUGUCUGAAAUCUUCAAGAAGAUCGGCUCCAAGGAAAACACGAAGGAGGGUUUGACGGAGUUGUACGAGUACAAACAGAAAUACUCGGACGCCGACCUGGAGCCCUUCCUCAAAAACACGUCUCAGUUCUUCCAGAGCUACGUGGAGCGAGGCCUUCGUAUGAUCGAGUCGGAGAGAGAAGGCAAGUCUCGCAUCCAGACCUCAGCAG